CCCGGCGCCUGCGCGAUACGGGAAAGCGAAGGGGUAGGGAUCGGCGGUCGAUGUUAAAUCUGUGAAGCUGCAGCCCUUUCCUGGGUGAGUGGAGGCCGGUGCAAACUGGAGAUUCUGACAGUACCAAUGGCGAACACACAAGAAUCAGAUUCUGCUCUUCAGUCAAAUGAGAUCUGCCAAAAGGGGGCCACACUGAACGUUUCUAAAGGGCCAGAACGUCAUCAGCGUUCCCGAGAUAGACUGAAACUCUUUAUCUGCUCUGAAUGUGGUAAGAGCUUUAACAAAUACUCGCACCUCAAAUUGCACCUCUUGGUCCAUACAGGAGAGAAACCUUUCAAAUGUCGUGUCUGUGAUAAGGAAUUCAAUCAUCCAUCCAGUCUUCGCAAGCAUGAGAUCACACAUACGGGAGAGAAGCCAUUCAAAUGCUCUGACUGUGGAAAGAGUUUCAAUGACUCAUCAAAUCUGUCCCGGCACAAACGCAUUCACAGUGGUGAGAAACCAUUUAAGUGUGACAUGUGUGACAAAGGAUUUACUUACUCUCACCAUCUUGUGUCACACCAACGCACACACACAGGAGAAAAGCCAUUUCAAUGCACAACAUGUGGAAAAGAGUUCAGUCAAUCAUCCACACUGGUGAUGCACAAACGAACUCAUGCUGACAAGAGACCAUAUAAGUGUGGAACAUGCGGGAAGGGGUUCCAGUUGUCACGCCACUUGGUAGCUCACCGUCGCACACAUGCAGGAGAGAAAGCAUUCCAGCAUGGGAAGGAGUUCAAGCAGGAUACUGGUUUAAUGAAGCAUCAGCGGAUCGAUACAAAAGAGCUGCCAUAUAAAUGUAGCUUCUGUGGCAAAACAUUCCGUCAGUCUCACAACCUAAUGAUCCACAAGCGUACACAUAUGGUCAAGAAGUCAUAUCAGGUCUCCACACGCAGGCAGGAGUUCAACCAGCAAUCAUCCCACGUGAAGCAUGAUCAUACGCACGCAGAAGAGAAGCCAUAUUUAUGCUCAGCUUGUGAGAAGAGGUUCAAGGGCUCCAGUAUUCUGGUGACACAUCACACCAAUACAAGUGACAGCCCUUAUCACUGUGUUGGAUGUGGAAAAGUUUUCAAGAACUCACCCAACCUUAUCCACCAACAGGUUGCAUUUAAAGAAGAGGACCUCACAAAUAUACCGGGUGUGAGAAGGGCUUCAAGUGUACGCACAAAUCACGUGCACAAUGUAUUGAGCCAUCAGAAUGUCCAUGCAGGAGAGACUCCAUUCAGAUAUACAAGAUGCAGGAAAAGCUGCAAAACUCCUCCAUCUGUUACAUCACCAGUGUAGCCAUAGUACCUGAGAUCUUGUCCUGUUCCCUUUUUCCCCUACUCAUUACACACCACGUAAAAAAUUUUGGAUAAAAACUUUAGUUCCAAUAAUCACCUCAAUAUCCUAUCCAUUCUUUAAGCUUAAGGGAAUGGGUGUUGCGGUGUGCCACUUGAAGGAGUGCUGAUGCACUACAGUUUGUUGCUUAAGACAGUUUUGAAUAUAUUUAUUGGUGUCCGUAUCUACCCACACCUUUUGAACUUGCUUUCGAAGAGAUAUUUCACAGCAAAACCCGUGGGACCAAUUUAAGAAUUUUAUCAAGUGUAGAAUCAGACUAUUGCAUCAGAGUUUCAGUUAAAAAUCCUGAGAUUUUCUGAUGUCUUCCAAGGCAUUGUCCAAAUCAGAAAUACUCUAGUAGGCCCCAAUUUGUGCUCCAUUGUAUAGAGUUUAAUGCACUUGGAGUUCAGGAGGCAAGAGCUGCUAGAAAUCCAGAAAAAUUGACAUUCAGGGGUACGUGGAUGUUUUGCUGUAAGAGCUUCAGCAGCAACUUGGCGUCACCAUAUCCUGCCACACUUUCUGUCCAGGUGGGAUUGUUCUUCUGGACCAUCUCAUGCAGGCUGAAGGAAUUCAGUGUCUUUGUUUUGAACAUUUGGUUUUCGUACAACAGCUUUUAUUUGUUUAUACUGGCAAACCAGCUAGAGAUAUGGAUCCCCAACCUCCUUCCCAAGUCUGUCAAUGCCAUAUUCUUCAAAUUGUAUUUUUUUUAAGUUUUCAAGAGUACUGUUGAGAAAUGCAGGAAAGGACAUCGGAAAAUGAUGGAAAUGUUAGUUAGCCUUGGCAGAAUCUUCACAAAGAAAUAUCAACAGAUUGACCUCAUAUCCUGGUACCAAUAUGCAAUAGGAAAAAUUUCACUUAAGGCAGCAUAGAAUGUUUCCUGUGUGAUAAGCCGACCUCAACACUAGAUCGAGGGCCACUACUGACUAAAAAAUGCUUUACAAAACUCAAAAAAUAUUCUCCCUUGGAAUAAAGCAAGUUUAGAAAGCCAUUUUCUGUGCUGUUCAGUAUAUUUCUCAAUUCUUAAUCCAUUCUUUCACGAGUUGAGGAUGUUGCUGGAAAAGCAAACACUUUUUUUUAAUCCAUCCCUAAUUACCAUUGAACUUGCUAGACCAUUUUGGAGGGCCUUUGAGAGUCAACCAUAUUCUUGGUAUGAAAUCAUAUGUCGAGCAGACCUAGUAAGGAUCCCUAAGAAGACUUUAGUGAACUAGACAACAAUGAAUAGUUUCAUGGUCACUGUUAUUGAGACAAGUUUUCAAUUUCACAUUUUAUAAAUUUAAAUUCCACUAGCUGUCAUGGUGGGAUGUGAACCCCUGCUUCCAGAGUGAUAGCCAAGACCUCUGGAUUGCUAAGCCAGUGGCAUCACCACUUCUUUCCCACACUGUCACAUUUUGCCGGGUUUCUAAUAAAAUUGAGGACAGUUUAAUUGUCUUUGUUCCUAUUUUACCCAAGUAGUUAAAGCUGAAAAAACAUUCAGUAAUGAAUAUGUGAAAGGUGGUAUUUCUUCAAUGAUACAUUGACUUUGCCCCAGGUCUAAGAGAUUAACUCUUUACCAAAACUCAAACUCUGUUUUCUCCUUACAGAUGCUGCUAGAUCCGCUGAGUUUUACCAGUAAUUUCUGAUUAGCUUCUUCGUGAUGGCUGGAGUUUUAUGCAUGUGUGGAACUGAAGAAGUGCUGUUAUUCCAGUGUCUUUGGCAUUUCCAUUGGCAUCGCCUUGUCUGCAAGCUCAGAAUAGAUGUCAAAACAGAAAAUACUGGAAAUAAUCAGCAGAUCUAGCAUCAUCUGUGGAGAGAGAAACAGUUAACAUUUCAAGUCAAUGAUUGUUCAUUAGGGCUGGGAAAAGUUAGAAAUGUAACAAUUUUUAAGCGUGCAAAACAGGAGAGAAUGGGGGAAAAAGGGAAAGUCUGUGAUAACAUGCAAGAUGAAGGAGUUUGAAUUAUCAAAGAGUUGGCAUUGCAAAACCAAAGGAUCAGGCAAAGAAGCAAAGUCCGUGUAGAGAAGAUGUGAAUCACAAGAGAAACAAAACUGUAAAAGGAAACAAAAUAUGGGCCAGGUUUAGCCUAUUUCCAGUAUUUUGUUUUUAUUUCAGGUUUUCUGUAUCAAUUUUUUUGUUUCAAGUUAGAAAUUGCUGCUUUGCAGUACUGAACAUAGAAUUAAUACAAAAGGAGGUCAUUCAACCUAUAAUGUCUCUGCUGAUACUCUGGAAGAGCAAUCCCGCUUCAUCUCAAAUUUCUGCUUUUUUUUCCAUAAUUUUGUGAGUUCCUCAGCCUCAAAUGCAUUGUCAACUCCGUUUUAAAAUUAUUAAUAGUGUCAGCUUCCACACUUUUUCAGGUAGAAUUACAGAUCCUGAUAACUCUUGAUUGGGGGAAGAAAGUUGUUGCAAGGAGUAUAGUAUUAACUCUUCCAAUCUCUGAAUAUAACCAAAAUCCUUUGUCCUUUGUCAUGUCCUUGUAAAUGUCCUCUGCAUCCAUGCUAAAUUGUCUAGUAAUUCUUCACAGUGCUGUAGUAUUACAGCAGACAGUGGGAUACUAUGCCAGUCAUUUAUAAAAUAUGAGCCUGAUUUCUUUGCAUUUAUUUUCCACAUCUUCAUAAAUUAACCCAUAUACUUUUUUAACCAUCUUAUGAAACUGUUCACCUUAAAUAUUUUUGUUACUUGAUCAAAAAAUUCAACCAUGACUAAAAGAAUUAUUCCUAAUUUAACUUUAGGAAAUCUGUGCUGAUCCUCUUUGACUCAAUAAAAAUUUGUUUUAUCCAUGCUAAUAGUUUCCAGUAACUUCCCCAUUACAGAUGUUAGUGAUUGGAUUCUAGUUUCCUGGUUUAUCCCUCUUUGCCUUCCACUCUGCUGACACUACUUGUGUAUCCAGUGGCAAUUGAAAGAGUAUGACCAAUGUUUCUGCCACUCCUACCUUUGUUUCUUUCAGCAACCUAGCAUGCAUUCCAAUUGCAUCAGAGAUAAUGGGAACUGCAGAUGCUGGAGAAUCCGAGAUAACAAAGUGUGGAGCUGGAGGAACACAGCAGGCCAAGCAGCAUCUUCGGAGCACAAGUGCUGACGUUUCGGGUCUAGACCCUCCAGGCCUGAGACGUCAGCUUUUGUGCUCCUAAGAUGCUGCUUGGCCCGCUCUGUUCAUCCAGCUCCACACUUUGUUAUCUUGCAUUUCAACUGCGCAACUUUGUACUUUUAAUACAUCUUCUCUAUUACUGUCCAAAACAUCCAUUCUAGUGCAAGCAAUAGAACAAGUGGGUAGGUCACUUACAUCUUCAAAGCUGCAAAUCUAAGGGGGUACAGGUAGACAUUAAAGGGGUCCCGGACUGCAAAUAUACCUAUUGGUAAAAAUUACACCAUAGAUUAGGAAGGCCAUAACAGGAAUAAGCCAAGUGCCAGGCUUUAUUCAGAGAUAGAUAAAAUGGAAAAAUAGGGAAGAUCUGCUAAGACUGCAUCCAGCCCUGGUUGGAUCACACUUAAGAAUGCUGUGUGCAGGUCCGGUCACCAUUUUAAAAAGAGAUAUAACACAAUGGAGAAGGUGUAGGGAAGAUUUUAAAGGCUGGUUCUAGAAAUACAUAGUUAUAUGUAUGAAAAUAAUGUCAGGCAGGACUUUUUCUGUUUUAAAAAGAAGGCGCGAGAGUGAUCUAAUGAAGAUGUUAUGAAUGAUGAAAGGUUUUGAUAAUGGUGGCUCAAUGGUUAGUACUGCUCCCUCAGGACACCAGAGACCGGGGUUCAAUUCCACCCUCGACUGACUGUCUACGUGGAGUUUGCACGUUCUCCCUGUGUCUAUGAGGGUUUCCUCUGGGUGCUCUAGUUUCCUCCCACAGUCCAAAGAUAUGGAGGUGCCAAUUAGGUCACCUGACAAAGGACCAGCACUCAAAGCUUGUGAUUUCAAAUAAACCUGUUGGACUAUAAUGUGGUGUCAUGUGACUUCUGACACAGUCCAAAACAGUGUAGGUGAGGUGGAUUGGGCAUGCUGAAUUGCUCAUAGGGAUGUGCAGGCUAGAUGGGUUAACCAUGGGAAAUGCACAGCUACAGGGACAGGGUAGAGGGGUAGAUUUGGGUGGACUGCUCUUCGAGGGACAUUGUGGACUUGAUAGGCCUAAUAGCUUGCUUCCACAUUAGGGAUUCUGUGAAAAUUAGUACAAGAUAAUCUCAAAAAAUUAACAGGAAUUUCAGAAGAAACAUUUUACGGUAAGUGGGUUAACACUACUGGUUAAAGGAAAUAGAAAAAUGCAUUUAUUGGGAAGCUUGGUAAGCAUUUGAUGAAAAAAUUGUAAUAAUUGUGAGAUGGAGAAAGAUGAGACUACGAUGGGAUAUAUGUCAGCAUAGACAUGUUCGACCAAAUGGCCUGUUUCAAUGCCAUAUAUCCAAUGUAAAAUGUAAUUUCUUCAUCGACUUGUGGAUUCUGAUUUGGAUCUUUGUUCCAGCUUUAUCUUCAGCUAAAUGCCUUUCCAAUUUGAGUGCACUAAACUUCAUCAAUAUUGCACUUGCCAUUGCUAGAGACAUUUUUAGUCUAAUCAGACCCUAUAGAUAUACUGAUGUCAAAUGCCUGUCAAAACAUAUUUCAGUAUUUUGAUAGUUGAAACCUUAGUGAAAACAUUUUGAGGAAACCUUGGAUGAAAAGUCACACAGACAUUGUUGGUAUUGUAUUCUACUGAAGUGGCUCCCACAAUUUAUAAAAUUAAAUAGGGGACCUUUAUCAGCGUUAUUCACUUGGCAACAAGCAGAAAGUUUUGAGCUUACACAGGACCUGACCAUACUAAUUAGGCUGACCCCCAAAAUCAUAAGGAUGUCAAUAUUUGGAGGAGAGUUCAAACCAAGUUGCCUAUGUUCAGUAUAGCUUCAAUGGGUUGAUAUUAUGAAAAGAUGACAUCAAAGACUAUUCAUCUGCAGUAAACAAAAUGUACACUUCUGGUUGUGUGUAGGAUGGGCAUGGAGCAAUUCCUGUCUGAAGACACUUUCAAGCUGAUUUUCUAUAUCAGUGAUUUGUAUAUGUAAACUUUAGGAAAUAAACAUUGUGUUAUCUAUUCA